AGCGCCCAUAGAGUGGUGUUGGCGUCGACUCUGCAGUACUUCAACGCCAUGUUCAUCGGAUCCACAGUCGGUGGUCAGUACGUGGAGUCCGGACUCUACGAGAUCCACAUCAAGAACAUCGACGGCCCGGCGCUCAACGAGAUCAUCAAAUGGUGUUACACGGGAUGUGUGGACACGAGUGCAGACAAUGUCCAGCAGCUGAUGAGUGCGGCCAAGAUGUUGGACUGCGGACAUGUGGUCGCCAUUUGCAGCCAAUUCAUUGAAUCCCAAUUACAUCCCGAGAACGCUUUGGGUGUCUAUGGCUUCGCGGAACUCUUGGACUGUCGAGACCUCCAAGAGUUUGCACUGAAUUACAUCUACAAUAACUUCCGACUCAUUGCCACCCAAUCCGAAGAGUUUAUGCAAUUGACGGCCGAAAGAGUGGCGCAAAUCAUAUCAUCUGAUUUGGUGGACACCGGCGAUGCGGGCGAGUCGGUGGUGCUGUCGGCGCUCAUGGCGUGGAUAAUGUACGACCGGUGCGAUCGGAUGAAGUACUUGUCGUCACUCAUACAACACAUACGGUUCCCGCGGUUCACUCAGGAGAGUCUGGUGCGCAUUGAGGACGAGUACCCUCUCAUCAAGUCUGACCCCAACUGCAAAGACCUGCUCAUCGAAGCCAUGAAAUACCAUCUCUGUAAGGGUCGGCUCACUAUCGCCAACAACGCCCGCUUCCGAGUCAGGACACCCUUAGGCCGACCCAAGUGUCUGGUGGUGGUCGGCGGUCAGGCGCCCAAAGCUAUCAACAGUUGCGAGUACUAUAACUUCGAGUCCGACCAGUGGGCAGACCUGGGAUGCAAUUUGCCGAGCAAUAGGUGUCGGGCCGGUCUGGCCGUCCUUAACGGCAUUGUCUACGCCAUCGGCGGUUUUAACGGCUCGUUACGGGUGGGAACUGUCGACUACUUCGACCCCAAGUCCAACAUGUGGAAUGCCUGCACGCCAAUGGAAGCCCGCAGAAGCACCCUGGGUGUGGGCGUUUUGCACGAUAUGGUAUACGCUGUGGGAGGCUUUGACGGCUCCAUUGGUCUCCAGUCGGCUGAGGUGUUCAAUCCCGUCAUGAAGACCUGGCAAUUCAUCGCUCCCAUGUCCACCCGACGCUCCUCUGUAGGUGUGGCCACACUCAACGACGGUCUGUACGCUGUGGGCGGCUAUGACGGCGCCAGUAGGCAAUGCCUGUCGUCUGUCGAGUUCUACAAUCCGGUGAACAACACGUGGACAUUGAUAUGCGAUAUGUCUCAGAGGCGGUCGGGCGCCGGGGUUGGGGUACUGGAGGGCCGGCUGUACGCGAUUGGCGGUCACGACGGGCCGGCAGUACGGAAGAGUGUGGAGUGUUAUGACCCGAAAGUGAACUCUUGGUUCCAGUGCUCAGAUAUGAUUAUAGCGCGCCGUAACGCGGGUGUAGUGGCCAAGGAUGGGCUCCUGUAUGUGAUUGGCGGCGAUGACGGACAGAGCAAUUUGGCGUCCGUUGAGGUGUAUAACCCUAAAGUGAAUUCGUGGUCUCUUUUGCCGCACAAUAUGUCUAAAGGGAGGAGUUAUGCGGGGGUCGCCAUCUUGAAUAAGAACUGGUCCUGA